AGAUGAACAACACCGGGCUGAACCAGACCGAGGGCGGACUAUUCAACAAGACCGGGGAGUUUUUCUGCUGCAACUUUUCCUCCGUGGUGACCGACAACGGCUUCGUGGCGGCCGCCCCCGACGAGAGGAGCCUCUUCAUCAUGAGGGUGGUCCAGAUCGCCGUCAUGUGCGUCCUCUCCCUCACCGUGGUCUUCGGCAUCUUCUUCCUGGGCUGCAACCUCCUCAUCAAGUCGGAGGGGAUGAUUAACUUUCUGGUGACCGACCGGAGGCCGUCUAAAGAAACGGAGGCGGUGAUCGUGGGAGCCUACUGA